AGUUGCUAAUGUGUCUAUUACUCCACCAGAGUCAACCGGUGACCCCAACAACAUGACUCGCCUGGCAGAAGAAGCCCGCCAGCUAGCUGCUCGGCACAAGCAAGAAGCAGAUGACAUUGUUCGUGUGGCUAAAGAAGCAAACGACACGUCGACACAAGCAUAUAAGCUGCUCUUGGAUACACUGGCAGGGGAGAAUCAGACCAUGAAUGACAUCGGUGACCUUAAUAGGAAGUAUAACCAGGCAAAAGACAUUUCCCGAGAUCUAGAAAAGCAGGCAAACAAAGUCCAUGCAGAUGCUGAGGAGGCUGGGAAUAAGGCCCUGCAGAUCUAUGCCAACCUCACCAGUCUGCCAUCUAUAGACUCUGAGGAGCUAGAGAAUGAGGCGAAUAAGAUCAAGAAGGAAGCCAGAGAAUUGGAUCAGCUCAUUAACAGGAAGCUGAAGGAUUAUGAGGACCUAAGAGAAGACAUGAAAGGGAAAGAGCUGGAAGUACAGAACCUUUUGGAGAAGGGCAAGACUGAACAGCAGACUGCUGAUCAGCUCUUGGCUCGAGCAGAUGCUGCCAAGGCUCUGGCUGAAGAAUCCGCCAAGAAGGGGAGCAACACACUCCAGGAGGCCAAUGACAUUCUCAGCAACUUGAAAGACUUCGACAAGAGAGUGAAUGAUAACAAGACUGCCGCUCAGGAGGCUCUAAGGAGAAUUCCUGCCAUUACCCAGACCAUCUUGGAGGCCAACAAUAAGACACGGCAAGCGGAAUUGGCACUAGGCAACGCUGCUGCGGAUGCCAGAGAAGCAAAGAACAAAGCUGCUGAUUCUGAGAGAAUUGCUAAUUCUGUGCAGAAGAAUGCUGCUUCAACAAAAGCUGAUGCUGACAAGACCUUCUCCACUGUUGCCGAGUUGGACAAAGAAGUGGGUGACAUGUUGCAGCAGCUGGAUGCAGCAGAGAAAGAGCUAAAGGCGAAACAGGAAAGCGCUGAUCAAGAUAUGAUGAUGGCAGGAAUGGCUUCAGAGGCAGCUCAGGAAGCAGAAGCCAAUGCAAGGAAAGCAAAGACCUCUGUUAGCAGCUUGCUGAGCAUGAUUAAUGACCUCCUUGAGAAGCUGGGGCGUGUGGAACCUGUGGACUUGAGCAAACUGAAUGAGAUUGAGGAUACUUUGAACACUGCCAAAAACCAGAUGAGGGACAAUGAUUUGGACCGGAAAGUCUCUGAUCUGGAGAAGGCAGCUGAAAAGCAAGCCAGUGCCAUCAGUGAAUAUGACAGGGACAUUAACACCAUUAGGAAAGACAUUAGCAAUUUAGAGGACAUCAAGAAGACCUUACCAACUGGCUGUUUCAACACCCCAUCCAUUGAAAAACCCUAAGGAUGUGCUAAAGGCCGGGGGGGGGGCGUUACCUCAAUGACUGGUGGAGCAGUUCUUUUGGCUGUGGAGUGCCUUAAUUCCUAGGUUACCUUCUUCAGGACCCCCACCUCAUCUCCCACAUAGCUAUCAGUCCUUUCUUUCCCAAUUCAAGGGAGAAAAUUGCAAGUUUCUGAAUGAACGCAAAUUGAAUAUCCAGCCUUUGGGCAUCAGAAGGGUUUAAAGAUAUGAAAUGUAUACACUUCCUUGCUCAAAACACUCCUUUUUCUCCUCUUCUCCCAGAAAAGACUCCCCUUUGAUUUGCAUAAUGAUGUGAAAUAUUAUGGACUG